GAAGAAGAAGAAGAAGAAAAGACAGCAUAAACUAGAGGCAUACCGACGACCGUCUGUCUCUUGGUACCUUCGUUUAGGUGAAAAGCACCCGAGGAGGACGGCCCUGCGGUGUAACGAGUCCUUAUUUGGAUUCGGGAACCGUCGGGAAUAGCACGUCGUCGACGUCUCCCUCUCGACGUCGCUCUUAGGGCGACUAAGGACUAGGUGGCGGCGGUGGCGGCAGCAACGUCGGCGGCAGACGACGAUGCGCGCGUUAACGUACAGCAGAUUUCCAUCUAAGGGGCGGAUCGCUAUUUUCGGCUGCGAACCGAUAUGGAUAAAGGUACCCCACAGAGCAGGCGGUGCGCCACUCGUCGCUUUCGGUUUCUUGCACGACGUUCGUCCCUAAGAGAUCCUCGCCUAUUCGAUCUAUUCGAUCAUCCAGCUCUGAACGAAAGAAACGUUGCUAACAGCCCUUCAAGAUGUGCGAUGAUGAUGUUGCGGCGCUCGUUGUCGACAAUGGUUCAGGCAUGUGCAAAGCCGGAUUCGCUGGAGACGAUGCACCGAGAGCUGUCUUCCCUAGUAUUGUAGGGAGACCGCGUCAUCAGGGUGUGAUGGUGGGCAUGGGUCAAAAAGACAGCUACGUGGGCGACGAGGCACAAAGCAAGAGGGGUAUUCUUACGCUAAAAUAUCCUAUAGAAUCGACCAUCAAGAUCAAGAUCAUUGCACCUCCCGAGAGGAAAUACUCCGUAUGGAUCGGUGGCUCCAUUCUCGCUUCCCUAUCUACCUUCCAACAAAUGUGGAUUUCGAAACAGGAAUACGACGAGUCUGGCCCUGGCAUCGUUCACCGCAAAUGCUUCUAAAAAAAAAUAAUUUUAUUGUUAAUCCGUAUCUUCCAAAUCCAUUUUCAUAUUUUUUCUUAUUUUCCUUUUUUUUCUCUUCUCUUCUUUUCACUUUUUUCUUUUCCUUUUUUUCUUUUUCUUUGUCAAUUAUGACACAUCUAUAUAUUAAUAAGCCUCGCCGUGUUCGCUAUUUAAGCAGAUAGGUUGUACAGGUGAAAAGAGAAUACGACGAAGAAAAGAAGAGAUCAGAAUAAGGAAAUAUGAUAAAUUGGCAAAGAGAAAACAAUUGAUUGCCUUUACUGUACACAUUUAUCAGACUGUAUUUUACUUUGUAGUUUAUACAAAUACGACUGUUUAUUAUGAAUAUUGAUUUUUUCAUAACACUCGCAAUCGUUAAAAAGCGAUCCAUCUUCAUUCUGCCACGAGUAAUAUAUGUUCUUUCGUAUGGGCCACUUCGUUUUUAUUUUAUUUUUCUUUAUUAUAAACCAUGUCUACGUUAUAAUGCUACAUUAAAAUGAAUAAUAUUAAAAUGUAUACCAUAAUAUAGCAUAAACAAGAAAUUCUUCUGUUUGAAGUAAAUUCUAAUACUUUGUAAUGAUUUCAGAAUAGAUAAUUAAUUUCA